GUGAGUGACCCCCGUCCCCUUCCCGUCCCCCGACCGCGGUCCCCAGCCCCUGUCCCCUCAGCACCCGCCUGCGCUCCCCGUCUGCCGCCCUCCCUGGCCAUGUCCCCUCCGUGCCCCUCUUCUGCUGCUCUCCGCCCCCUCCAUGCCUCUGUGCCCACCUUACUGCUGCUCUCGGAGCUCAUGUCCCCCUGUCCAGUCCCCACUCUACCCCGUCGGUGACCUGUCUACAGCCCUCCGCCUCAUCGGUACCCCUUCAUCCCUGUGUCUCCCUGUCUGCCACCCACUGCCCCAGCCAUGCCCCUGUGUCCCCCUGUCCGUGUCCCCCCAUCCCAUCCUAUCCAUGUGUCCCCCCAUCCUGUCCAUGCUCCUGUGUCCCCCUGUCCAAUCCAUACCCCCGUGUCCCCCUGACCGUGUCCCCCCCGUCCUGUCCAUGCCCCUGUGUCCCCCUGUCUGUGUCUCUCCGUCCGAUCCAUGUCCCUGUGUCCCCCUGUCCUGUCCAUGCCCCCGUGUCCCCCGGUCCGUGUCCCCCAUCCUGUCCAAGCCCCCGUAUCCCCCCCGUCCUGUCCAUGCUCCUAUGUCCCCCUGUCCAAUCCAUGCCCCUGUGUCCCCCAGUCCGUGUCCCCCUGUCCUGUCCAUGCCCCCGUGUCCCCUGGUCCGUGUCCCCCAUCCUGUCCAAGCCCCCGUGUCCCCCCCCGUCCUGUCCAUGCCCUUGUUGCCCCCAUAUCCAUCAUUCCCUGCUUCUCUGCUUAUGUCUCCCCCUCUGCCAAAUGCUCCCCUGCCCACUCCAUGCCCUCCCACUCCAUAUCCAGUUCCCUCUCCCCUUCUGUGCCCAUGUCCCCUCUACCCACUUUCUGUCACCUCCACCAGCUCACAUGAAAAAAUACUCUUAGCAGCAUGAUGGACUAUAGAGGUGUUUUCUCUGUGUGUAGAUGGACAGAGCCUUCUGGUCUCUCGCAAAGGGAAAUGAUUAUGUAUGCAAUUAUUAUUAUACUAGCUGUUUUAUAAACAAUGUACCAAGCAUCUGCCUGGAAUAGGGCUUUCCAGUGCAUUUGGGGUUUUAUCCCAUGAGUCUGUUUGUCCUUACUGCCCAUUUCUGAGUCCCUGUCAGGUUAUCUAAUAGCCUGAUGCUGUCUCUGCUGCCUUUUCCCCUUUCCAGCCCCCACCUAGAGUCAUGCACAGUCUUUCCUCAUUGCUUUUAAAUUGAAAGUCUGAUCAUUUCUGAGUAUGUACUUGACCUGUCUUGUGCCUGUCCCCUCUUCUCCCAGUGCCUGCUGGCUAUCUCCACCUACUCGCCCCACUCAGUUUUGGCUUGUUCUCUCUCUCACUGCCUGGCUUUCUUUCCCAUUCUCUGUCUGCCUCCCUGUCACUCACUCCCUGUCCCUUUCCUGCCACUGACUUCCUGUUGCUCCUCCGCUCAACUGUGUAGCCCAUCCCUGUUGCUAAAGGGGAUUGCCUGCUUAUGGGGUAAUGCCAAGGAGGAACUUACUCUGUAGACUGGCUCUCUGCUAGAGCUGGGGCGGAAGGGGAGACGGGUUGUUAUGUAUUCACACUGGAGGAAUGAUUCUCCUCUCAAAAAUAUCCCCACCAAUAACUUGUCCAACUGAGUGUUCAGUGUGCUCAUCGUGACUGCAUGAGUGAAGCAGAAAUCCAGAGCUGCAAUUGCAGUGGCCACAACAGCAGGUCUGGCCUGUUAUUUGGUGAUUCAUUUGUGAACCAGGGAAAUUCUUUACUCAUUCCCCACCUCCUCCAAACUAUCAGUUCUUUGGCUAUAAAAGAUAAAGCCACCAACCCGUCUAACAGGCAAGAAGACUGGGAGUACAUCAUUGGGUUCUGUGACCAGAUCAACAAAGAACUUGAAGGUCCACAGAUAGCGGUGAGACUGCUGGCUCAUAAAAUCCAGUCACCCCAGGAAUGGGAGGCAGUCCAGGCCUUGACAGUGCUGGAAGCUUGUAUGAAGAACUGUGGGAGAAGAUUUCAUAAUGAAGUAGGGAAGUUUCGGUUUUUAAACGAGUUAAUAAAAGUUGUGUCUCCAAAGUACCUGGGAGACAGAGUCUCGGAGAAGGUGAAAACCAAAGUUAUUGAGUUGCUGUACAGCUGGACAGUGGCACUGCCAGAGGAAUCCAAAAUCAAAGAUGCCUACCAUAUGCUGAAGAGACAAGGUAUUGUUAUGUGUGACCCUGUAAUUCCAGUGGAUAGAACUCUGAUCCCCUCUCCACCACCUCGCCCCAAAAACCCUGUGUUUGAUGAUGAGGAGAAAUCCAAGCUUUUAGCCAAACUGUUAAAAAGCAAAAACCCAGAUGACUUACAAGAGGCAAACAAGCUUAUUAAAUCAAUGGUAAAAGAGGAUGAGGCUCGGAUCCAGAAGGUGACAAAACGCAUGCACACUCUAGAGGAAGUGAAUAACAACGUGAAGCUGCUGAAUGAGAUGCUGCUUCACUACAGCAAAGAGGACUCGUCGGAGGCUGAUAAGGAGCUCAUGAAGGAGCUGUACGAAAGGUGUGAAACCAAAAGACGGAUGUUAUUCAAACUGGCCAGUGAAACAGAGGAUAACGACAGCAGUUUGGGGGAGAUUCUGCAGGCCAGUGACAAUUUAUCCUGGGUAAUAAAUUCCUAUAAAAAAAUAAUCGAGGGUCAAGUCAUCAAUGGUGAAGUGGAUAUCCCGACACUGUCUGCAACAGAAGGGAGCGAUCCCACCAGUAAUCUCAGUGCGCUCAUUGACCUCGCUGGCAUGGACAUCUCCAGCACCCCGCAACCACCAAUGCCACCUGCAACAAUAACGCCAGCACCAACGCUAGUGCCGACACAAGCUUCAUCAGAAAUCCCCAUCCUCCCACCUCCUCCCCAAAAGUUUGGUCACUCGCGGAGCCGGUCCUCCAGCCAAGUAGAAGCUCCUCUGACUCAUCAGAGCAGCACGGCCAAUUCCCUCUUCUUGCUGGAUGAGGAGCUGCUGUGUUUAGGCCUGAAUGACCCAGCCCCCAGUACAGUGAAAGAGUCGACCGAAAACAACCAGUGGAAUAUGUUCCAGAAUGACCAAAUGGACCUGGACUUCUUUAGUCCGAAGCUGGUGACUGUCGGCUGCAAUACUGCAGUGAACCCUCUUCUUCAUCACACAUCACAGUCUGUGUGUGGAACAUCAGCGCCUCUGCCUUCCACUUUCACAGCCUCUCAUAUCCCUGCACCUAAUACAGCCCCGUUCUUGUUCUCUGCUGGACCAGCAGCCCCUCUGGGCCCGCCGAAGACUAUGCCAGUUCAGUACCUCAGUUCAGCCGUGGGAGACAAUGCUUUGCAUAAGAUGGAUGCACUGGGACAUCUUCUUGAAGAGGCCAAAGGGACUUCAGCCCAAGUGAAGUCAGCGCCCUCAGUAUUCCACCCUGGGGUUACCUUGCCAGCCACUGUCACCUCUGCCCCUUUAAUAUCCACCACAGGAUUGCCAGUUGCUGCUCCAGUGGCCCCUACUAUUCCUUUUCCAAGCAUCUGCACGGCCGGUUCAGGAAGCCCUCUAUACCAGCCAGCUUCAUUCCAACAGCAGGGCAGCCCUCUGAAAGGGCCUGAUGCUUCUUUGGCCAAUGUCCAUGUUCCACUGGAAUCCAUUAAACCCAGCCGUGCUCUUCCGGUGACAGCCUACGAUAAGAACGGGUUCAGGAUCCUCUUACACUUUGCCAAGGAGUGCCCGCCGGGGAGGUCAGACGUGCUGGUUGUGGUGGUGUCCAUGUUAAACACAGCACCUCUUCCUGUGAAGAACAUUGUACUGCAGGCUGCAGUACCAAAGUCCAUGAAAGUGAAGUUGCAGCCACCCUCGGGUACAGAACUUUCUCCAUUCAACCCCAUCCAGGCACCCGCUGCCAUCACCCAAGUCAUGCUGCUGGCAAACCCUGUGAAGGAGAAGGUGAGGCUGAGGUACAGACUGACUUUCACUUUGGGAGACCAGCCCAGCACAGAGGUUGGGGAAGUGGAUCAGUUUCCCCCAGUAGAUCAAUGGGGUAAUCUAUGACCCAGUGAGUCUGCCACAGUCUCCAUGAGAGGACCAGGCAAGGAUCCCAAAGGGACUGAAAUGAAUGUGACGUGGAAGGGGCACACAUGCUAUCCACUGGUGAUGUUUAGCUUUGUUUACAUGUCCUGACCACUUCGCUUGUAGCUUUAGUCUGGAAUGUUUUACCUCGGGUUGAAGUGGGCCCGGGGCAUCUAUGCCAAGAAUGAACUGAGUGGCAGCCAGAGAGAGGCUUUGCUGGCUGCUUUAUCUUGGCCUCUGGGUGAAUCUGGUUCUAUCUUCCACUUUGUUAUUAAACUUGAAAUUAUGGUGUUCUGGAAGGGAGACCUGUAGCCAGAAGGGGACUGGUCGGCUUCCUCCCUUGCUAUUGGGCAGAGAUGCCUACAAGCUGAUAGGGUUAUGAUGCCAUCCCGAGUUUCCUCGGUGCAGAGCCCUAAUGUCUGUGCCUGCCCUAAGGCUUUUGUCUCGACACCAGAACUGAACCUUCUAGGCAUGCUGUGCAGUAACCAUUGGCUCCAAGACGGGAGGGUUUUUUUUUACAGUAAAAUGACACUUCUUGCCCCCUCUGUUCUCCUCUCCAAGGGCCAGCCUAAGCCAGUGCUGCCCGUUCAGACAGUAAUUGCGCAUUGUGUGACACUCGCUUUAGUUGCUUUCUUUUAUUUUAUACUUCCAGCUGCCUCUGCACUGUCUGUCUUCCAGGCAGCUUGUGCUAAUUUUUGUACUCACAUGCCUGUACUGAAUAUUCUUCUGCCUUCAUCACAUUCCAUAGUAUGGGGGAGAGGAAAUGUGUGUAGCAAGGAGGUAAAACCAACAGGGCCAAAGGGCUCCAGUUGUCUUUGACUGAGUGGGCAGCACAGGUUACACUGAUAAAGGAUGGCAACUACAGUGCAGCAGCCUCAGUGCAACCACUAAUCAGGUGCAGAGGCUGGACCAGGGGUAUGGAGAAAAGCCUCUCAGUUUCCCUUGUGCAGGUGGUAUUAUUAUUAAAGUUGAAUAGUGUGUUCUCUUAAAAAGACUAGGAAUACAAGAUGUAAAUAGUAGAGCUAUAGGACAUCUAAUGAUAAGUGAGCAGAUUGACGCAAGUAAGGCAGAAUCCACUAGGCUGUGACGGUGCACUGCUGGGUUUAGAACCCUAUUUUAUUUGUUCCCAGUAUUAAGUGGCUAAGUGCAAUUGUCUCCACACGGGGAAAACCAACUGUAUUUUUAAAUCAUGGGGCUCAGCUGAGUGAGCCCGCUAUCUACAUGACUUAGGAGACGUAGUUCAAUACACUGAAAGUUUGAUUCCAGCAGUCUCUCCCCCCACUCUUAAUUUAAAACCUACACAAUCCUUCAGUGACCUUUUAGCAAAUUGUUUUAAAGAAGCAUUUUUUCCUGUUUUAAGUCUGUAACCUUCCACUCCUGUGAAGACAGCAUGCGGGGUGGCUGUAUGGAAACUUAAUUACACUAGACAAAGAAUUUCUAGCAGUGCAAGGUACAGGCAAACAGAUCUUAAAUGGUCAGCCUGACUGUCCAGACUCAGUACAGCAGGAAGAUACUCCAGCCUAUUAUAAGAAUAAAGCUAAAAUGAGGAAGUGCUGCUGGAUUUAGUGGAGGUUAUAAAACCCAUUACUGUAAGCAGAGCUCGGAAUUCUUUCUAGCCAUCUUAUACUUUCCACGGUGGCUCCAUGUUUUUCUUCAGAGUAGUGAGAAAUACGAACCACAAGGAGAAGUGACAGACACAGCAGAUGCUCUGAUGCGAAGGGGGCACUAGCCAUUGAAAGGUAAGUGCAGAAGUAAAAAUCCAAACUCAGCUUGCUAAGUGUCAGCGCUGGUUUGGCACUCAGGACCAAGGCGUGUGGCCUCCUCAGUUGUCUUUGAGUGGAAGAUGCUCCUGGAUCCUGAAAAAAAAAAGCAGCAGCUGUGUUCUUAAACUGAUGGAAAGAGGUGGUGAGCAAGGAACAUUCUUUCUGCUUUCAACGUGGGCCUCACUGGCAUUGUAGACAAUACAUUUAGGGGCUUCGCUUAGCUCUUUAAGUCUGCCCAGGUGCUGUAACGUAUUGUUAGGAAGCAGAUUUCACUGCUUUAGAUGCCUAGAAGUGACUCUCACGGUGGCUGUGAGGAAAUCAGAAGAGCACAAGUGCUUUCUGCAGAAUGGCUUCAUCCUCCUUGUUAACGGCACUGCAGUGCCCAUGCUGUACAGUCAAAGGGCAAAGUACCAUAGUCUCACUGUGGGGAAAAGUAUUGUACAAGCUUUGGAAAUCAAACUAUUUAUGAAUGUUACUUGUUCAUAGAUUGAGGUUGCAGCUUCAUACUGAGCCGUCAUUGUAAAUAUGUCUCCAAUGCAUUUGUUUUGCUGCAUGUUAAAUAAACUGUUUUCCCUA